UGUGUGCGUGCGUGUGUGUGUGUGUGUGUGUGUGUGUGUAACUCUCUCGGGUAGCAUAAAGACGACGUUCAGUGCGGAAAAACUUGCAAUUCAUGGCAUGGAGGAGUCAGCGGGCAGCUGCAGUCCUCCACCCUUUGUCAGGUUAGGUGGAUGAACCGCACGUCAUGCCCUGAAUCCGCUUUCUAACGUCGAGUUGAAUCAAACCUUCGUAAAGCUACUCAGCUGAUGUUUUUCUCCUUCUUCUUCUCUCUCUCUUUCGCUUUCCUGCCUUUAUUUUUCCUCCUCCUCGGUGAAAUCUGACUCAACAACAGCGGCUCUUUCCCCCCCACCUCUCUUUCUAGUUCGGAUGGCAGAUUCGUGCUAAUUGGCCCGCGUGGAUCGCAGCAUCAAGAGAAAAAUAAAAAACCUUCCGCUCGCGCACUGCGCCGUUUCAGAUGCCUUCAACUUUGAGGGCGAGGGACAACCCCUGAGAGCCCCAGAUUUCAACAGGAGGAGCAGGCAGCCAGACAUCUCCGUCGGCUCUCACUUUAUGAGAAGGACACGUCUCUGGAAGGGCUGAACGGGGGAACCAUGGCAGCUACUUUAUCGGCGGAGGAGGAACAGGCCACCAGGCAGUUUCUAGAGGAAAUCAACAAGUGGACCAGUCAGCAUGGAGUGUCUCCGUUGUCCAGGGAACUGGCCGUCAAGUUUCUCAUGGCUCGCAAGUUUGACGUCCUCCGCGCCAUUGAGCUCUUCCACAAUUACAGGGAAACGCGUCUUAAAGAAGGGAUCGUCAGACUGCAGCCUCAGGAAGAGCCACUGCGCUCCGAGCUGCUCAGUGGAAAAUUCACAGUGUUGAGCGUCCGGGACCCGACAGGAGCCUCCAUCGCUUUGUACACAGCCAAGCUUCAUCAUCCCAACAAGACAGGCAACCAUGUUGUGCUCCAGGCUCUCUUCUACCUUUUGGACCGGGCCGUAGAAAGCUUUGAGACCCAGAGGAAUGGCUUGGUGUUCAUCUACGACAUGGCGGGCUCCAACUACACCAACUUCGAGCUGGAUCUGAGCAAGAAGAUCCUCAAUCUGCUCAAGGGGGCGUUCCCUGCCAGGCUGAAGAAGGUGUUGAUUGUGGGGGCCCCUGUGUGGUUUCGAGUCCCCUACAAUCUGCUCAGCCUGCUGCUGAAGGAGAAACUGAGGGAGAGGGUUCAGAUGGUGAAAAUGGCCGAGCUGCGUCAGCACCUCCCCAGAGACUGCCUGCCCCAGCACCUGGGUGGCCUGCUCCCGCUGGACGCUUCGGGCUGGAACCAGGAGCUGCUGGCGGGUCAGAACGGCCGGGUGGACCCCGUGGACGAGCUGGUGGGAAUCCCCCUGGAAGACUCGUCCAUCCACGUGCCGGGGCCCGAGGCCAUGCGGCCGCAGGAGCUGCUGGCACACCUGGGCCGGCUGCAGCGCUCGGGCGUCUACCAGGAGUAUGAGGAGCUGCGCAGGGAGGCGCCUCCCGGAACCUUCCACUGCUCACAGUUGGCCUACAAUCAGGAGAAGAAUCGCUAUGGCGAUGUGCUGUGCCUUGACCAAACGAGAGUUCGUCUAAAGCCCCGCAGAAACGAGAGAUCGGAUUACAUCAACGCAAGCUUCAUGGACGGCUACAAACAGAAGAACGCGUACAUUGGUACUCAAGGACCACUGGACAGGACCUACGGGGAUUUCUGGAGAAUGGUCUGGGAUCAAAACGUGCUUCUGAUCGUCAUGACAACAAGGACGGACGAGGGCAGUCGGAGGAAGUGUGGACAGUACUGGCCCCUGGAGGAAGGCGGGCAGGAGGUCUACGGCCACAUAGCAGUGGUGAACCAGAGGGUGGACCACCACACCCACUACAACCACACCACUCUGGAGCUGCACAACACGGAGACAUGCGAGCAGAGACAUGUGAGUCACUUUCAGUACCUCAGCUGGCCGGACUACGGCGUGCCUACGUCAGCAGUGACUCUCAUCGACUUCCUGGGAGCUGUGAAGAGGCAACAAAGGAAAAUGGUGAAGGCUUUGGGCCCUCAGUGGACCGGCCACUCACUGGGACCGCCGAUGGUGGUCCACUGCAGUGCAGGGAUUGGGAGAACAGGUACCUUCUGCGCCCUGGACAUCUGUCUGUCCCAGCUCCAGGACGUGGGCUCCCUCAACGUGUUUCAGACAGUGCGUCGCAUGAGAACGCAGCGGGCCUUCAGCAUUCAGACGCCGGAGCAGUACUACUUCUGCUACAAUGCUAUAUUGGAACACGCCCAGAGACAGGGCCUGCUCCCGUCUAAUCAGUAAGGCCCCGAACGACAACAAGGACUUUUCUGCUGUCAGCCUGCUGACCCUGCAGCCAGGCUGGGCGACCGGCCGACCGGAGGAAGUAAAGUCAACUCCCGACUGAAGACGAGCUUUCGCCAUAAGCCGUUGGCAAACCAAGUAAACGCAUUAAAGAUUAAAAGCCUUGAUCGCUGAUGAUUUGUGAUGAAACUGUGGCUGUCGACAAUGUGAUGUUUUAAAAGGUUUGUUGAAAACAUACAGAAAAAUGCAGCAGAGUGAGCGGGCCGCUAAGUUUUGGAGGCAAUACAACGCCUUGGAAAGGUUUCUGUACUCUUCAAUCCUUUCUCGUUUUGUCACUUGUCCCAUCUUCAGUGUGUUUGGCAAUUCAGUUGAUAGACCAACACAAAGUAGUGAAAGGAAACUGGUACACGAUUUUCAACUUUGUUUAUGAAUCGACGUCUAAAAAAGAAGAAGUCCGUUGCAUUUAGAGACGCAAGUCUGUAAGGCUACGCCCAGUGAUUUCCAAAAAAUGUCUGAGAUCUUCACAAAACAGCAUAAUUGAGUACACAGAUGGACUCAAUUCAUUACUGUGAUCUCUGAAGACAAUUUUAUUUACAGGUAUCAGAGCAAAGGGUGUCAAUCGAUGACUUUUAUUAGAGCCAGUCAACCAGAUUACAAUAAAUACAGAAUUCUUACUGAACAUACGCACCUAUUGACACACUUAAAAUAAUACUCACAAAACAGUGCAUCAAAAACCAAUAAAAUGCACUAGUUUGAGUUUUCGUUUUUCUUCAACAAAAGGAGAAAAAACAUUUAAUAAAACUAAGGGCAAAACCAAGUCAACACAAAAAAAACCUCCAGAAAUAUACA